ACCCUUUGUCUGCGCUCUCAACUGUUGCUUAUAAACCCCAAAUUCUCCAAUUCAUGAUGGGGUAUUAGUAAGAAUUUCAGCAGCGUGCAAAAUUGGGGGCGUUGCACUUGGCGCGGUCCGGCAACGCCAUCAGCUGAUUCUGCAAAACAACCAAAAAAAAUUGUUGCUGAUGUUGUGUCGUGAGUUUUUGAAAUUUCCACUGAUUUGUGAUCGCAAAUCGGCGAUUAUCUUGGAUUAGCUGAGAUAAUGGAGCGGGAAAGGGAGAGCCGCCUAUGCGCCGUCACCUUCUUCGCGAAAUUGCAUCCCGGCGACGUUUGCGGCACAAAUGGACUUCCUCUGACUCCCAAUUCCAUUGCGAUCCUGGGAAGAGCCCAAAAACUCAAGGAACUCCAGGACGAACAUCUUUGCCAGUAUCUGGAUGUGAUUCGCGGCAAGCACGAACGCACCAUUGUGGUGUCGGAGUAUUUGGGACUGUCGCUGGAGGACUAUGCCAAGCGUCAUCCUCCGCUGGCCAUCGCCCAGAUCCUGAGGAUCUUCUACCAGGUGGCCUGCGGCAUUGGCGUGCUGAGCCAGCACCAUCUGGUGGCCCACAAUCUGGAGCCCAGGCACAUCCUCAUCUCCGGCGACGGCCAGCUGCGGGUGAAGCUCUUCAACUACGGACUGCACCACAUGACCAAGGGCGGUGUCCAUGUGCCCUUUCCCAUUGGCAACCUACGCUACAUGGCGCCGGAGCGACUGCUGGGCUUGAAUGGCAACGUGAAGAGUGACAUUUGGUCGCUGGCCCUGCUGAUUGUCGAACUGAUCUUCCAGAUCGAACUCUGGCCCCGCCUGAAGCUCUCGAAUGUGAUUAGGAAAAUCCUGGCCUUUGGCCGGACCAACGGUGUGCUGGAGAAGAUUGCGCGGGAGCAUGACUGCCACGAACGGUAUGCGUCGAUGGACACGAGUCUGCGACAGCUGCUGGAAAGCUGUCUGAGUGUCCUGCCCAAGCGGCGACCACUGCCCGGCGAGCUCUUGCGUCACCACAUCUUCGAGGGCGUGCGUGUGGACAUUUCGCGGCGGCAGGAGAAGAUGCAACAGCCGAGCGAGGAAAGCGAGCAUUUGCCGCUACUCCUGCGUUGCCCUUUGGCCCAGAUCUAUCACCUUUGGCAACUGGCCGGCGGCGAUGUCCAGGCGGAGCUGAAGAAGGAGGGCCUCAUCCGGAGUGAGGCUCCGAUUUUGGGAUUGCCGCAGAUCGUGCGACUGAGUGGCGCCAGCGUUUGUCCGGGACGCAGUCAGGCGCAACUGAUGGACGAUCGCGUGGUACCGCUGCGUCUGAAGGCGCUGCUCCGGCGACUGAGUCGUUUGCCGGCCGGCGUCUACUUUCCGCUGCUCCAUUCGCCGCGUUUUCCCGCCCAUUUUGCCAGCGAACUGCAGGAAUUGCCGCUGGUGAUACGCGAAAGGGACAUCGAGUAUCAGUUCCAGCGGGUGCGGCUGUUCACGCGAAUUCUUCAGGGCUAUCCGCACACGGCCGAGCAGCUGCAGCGCGAGGCGGCCGUCGAUGUGCCGCCGCUGCUGAGGGGCCCCAUUUGGGCCGCCCUCCUGGAGGUGGUGCCCAAUGGCAGUUACACGAAGAUCGAUAAGUUCACGGCCACCAGUACGGAUCGACAGAUCGAGGUGGACAUACCGCGCUGCCAUCAGUACGACGAGCUGCUCUCCUCCCCCGACGGACAUCGCAAACUGAGGCGUCUGCUCAAGGCCUGGGUCACCGCCCAUCCGCAGUACGUCUACUGGCAGGGAUUGGACUCGCUAACGGCUCCGUUUCUCUUUCUCAACUUUAACAAUGAAGAGUUGGCCUUCCUCAGCCUGUUCAAGUUCAUUCCAAAGUAUCUGCAGUGGUUCUUCCUCAAGGACAACUCGGCGGUGAUCAAGGAGUACCUGAGCAAGUUCUCCCAGCUGACCGCCUUCCAUGAACCGCUUCUCGCUCAGCAUUUGGCCAGCAUUAGCUUUAUACCCGAGCUCUUUGCCAUCCCCUGGUUCCUAACCAUGUUUUCGCAUGUGUUCCCUCUGCACAAGAUCCUGCAUUUGUGGGACAAACUCAUGCUGGGCGACAGCUCGUAUCCGCUGUUCAUCGGCAUUGCGAUACUGCGCCAGCUGAGGAGCACGCUGCUCACCUCCGGUUUCAACGAGUGCAUCCUGCUCUUCUCCGAUCUGCCGGACAUUGUGAUGGACGGCUGUGUGCUGGAGUCGCAGAAGAUGUACGAGGCCACGCCCAAGAGUAUUACUCACCGGCAGCAUGCCCUGCGGAUGCAACCGCCCCAGGCGCUGGACAUUGGUGUGGCGGACGUGGAACUGAAGCAUCUGCAGCAGGAGCAAUGCCCGCGCAUCAGCGCCAAGGAUGUGCGAUGGCUGCUGAACAACUCGCCGGCGGAGCUGGCCCUCAUCGAUCUGCGCAGUGUGGUGGAGUUUGGACGCGUCCAUGUGCCGCAUAGCAUCAACAUUCCGUUCGCCACCGUUCAGCUGGGCGAGCAGCGACUGGAGGCCCUGCAGGUGCCCCAAUUGGAGGCGCUGCUGCGGGGCAGGAUCGUGGUCUGCGUCAGCAACAUUCAUCAGCACUCCGUGGAGUUCUCGCACUUUUUGGUGGCCUGCGGCGUACAGCGCACCUGUAUUCUUCACAAAGGAUUCAAUGUCCUGCACUCCAUCGAGCCAAAUAUACUCAUCUCGAAUUGAGCCCCGACUUGCUGAUCGUUUCUCGUUAGCCUCAUCGCUUCUGCUCGUCUAGCCUAAGCUCAAUGUAAAUUUAUUAUCUUUUUUUAAAACGGAAUGUAUUUGCAAAUAAAUAAUAUAUGUACUACGUA